CUAAACAGAUUUCUGUUUCCCCUCGAUUUAAAAAAAGUCCAACCACACUCUGUUCAGGCUUCGUACGUCCAGACUUAAAACUAGACGUAUCGUAUUUCCUCUCAAAAAAGCAGUUAUUGUCCUCGGCGAAGAUAUUCAUCAGUUUGAAAAACAGUCCUGCCGUUGUGAAGGGCUCCAGGAUUAUCCAGCAGGAACAGGUGGGUUUUUAUUAAAGCAAAGGAGGAGCCAGACGAAAACCAGAAGAGCUGAAAAUCUCAGAUGGACAGACAGACAAAAUCAGACGAGAGGUAAUAUGGUGCUGUUCACCACCAAGUUUGUACAGAGGACUUCGCUCUUUGUGUCCUUCGGAGGUUUGGUCACAACGUUCGUCACAACCUUCUUGCCUCUAUGGAAGACGAUGAACUCCGAUUUGAAUGAAAUGGAGAACUGGUACGAGGGUCUCUGGCACAUGUGUAUCUACACGGAGGAAGUUGGCAUCCAUUGCAAAGCCUUUGAUUCUUUCUUAGCUCUUCCGCCGGACACUUUCGCUGGCCGGGUUCUCAUGUGCAUUUCCAUCGCCACUGGAAUUCUCGGUGUGGCGGCUGCUUUUUUCGGACUCCGCGGAGUUGAGAUUGGAGCCAGUCGAGAGAGGAUGAAGAGGAAUCUGCUGAUCCUCGGGGGAGUUUUUGUAGUUGUGUCUGGAGUCACGACUCUUGCGGCUGUUUCAUUUAUGGCGUAUGUUAUGGUUGUGAAAUUCUGGGAUGAUGAUCGUCCUGAAGUCAUGCCCGGAUGGGAGUAUGGAGAAGCCAUGUUUUCUGCCUGGUUUGCUGGACUUCUGUUAGUUGUCGGAGGGAGUUUUUUGUUUGUUGCAGUCUGCAUGGGCGAUCAUGAAGUGAAGCUGCAAACUGAAAUGAUUGCACGCUGUCAAGAACAGCGGCCGAGAUCUCUGCAUUACCGAAAGACGGAAAUCAUAUAGCUUUGAUUUUUGUCUGAAGAUCGGAAAAAAAUCGAAGCUUAACUAAACAAAGUUGCUGAACUUUUGAAAUAUUGAACUUGUUUUAAUCGGAACUAUAAUAUCUUGUGGUGAUUUUGUUUUAUAAUCCGCUCUCAAGUAAAUUGAAAGAAAGUUGAAGUCAACAUCUACAUUUUUUUUUCUCUUCUUUUUCAAAUAUUUUCCAAACGAUGUUUAACAAAGCAAGGAAAUUUUCACAGUAUGCCUGAUAACC